AUUAACUCUACUCAACGCGCCAUCCGAUUCUAACAUACUUCCGCCUUUCCCACAGACAAGUCUGAACCAAAGAUGUAUAUAACUCAACCAAGAUACACCACAUCCUUGUCGUUUGCAUUGGGAACAAAUGAGUCAUAGUGGGCAGAACAAGCAAGGAGGUGAGCAGGAGCCACAAACACGAGCUAGCAGACAUCUGCAUAUUUCCGUUUGGGAAAUCUACUCUGAAGUGCGCAUGUGCAAUAUCUCAAUUCGACUUUGCACUCCUAAACAACGAGAUUUUUUACAACUUUGCCUAAAGUUAGUCUAUAAAACGCAGUCCAUUCUGUUCAUAACAUAUUUCUAGUUUCGGGAACAGAAAACUGUACUGAGAUCAAAUGUUUCAUCCAUGAUAAAAGUUGUCUGCCAAAAUCCAUCUCCUUCCACUACCAUAUUUGACAUUGAGUUGAAACGCCAAGCGGAUGCUUCACAUUUAUACAUCCAGUGAAAUAUCUGUCUCAUUGUUCUGUCUGAACCGUUUCCACUCUCCUUCCAAUAUCACUAUCGUCAGGUUUAAUUUCUGAGCACGUAUUUUAGUACUUGACGCCAGUCUUCCUCAAUACUCAACUCCAAAAAAAUCGACACUUAUUUCUGCUACCUCAUCCACUUUUGUAGAAAACUGUUCAAAUGGUUCUUGUAUCUUGAAUUUGCCGCCAUUACCAUUUCUGCCCAUAGUAUAGUAGUGUUAGCUGGCUACUAGAUACGAUACAAAUUACAAUUACACAAAUGAGGUGCAUACGUUGUUUCUAUGUAGCUUGUUAACUAGCUACGCCCGCUCAAUGGAUAAUCCACGGUUUGCGGCGGCGCUUUAUAAUUUAGCUAGUUAACACAGCAAUUUCAUAGAUUAGUACAAAAUAUAUAGCUAGCUUCUCACCGUAUUCGAAGAUAUGCAACGAGUAUAGUUUACGUACAGAACAAAACAGCUUUCAGAUGUUGCUUCUGGUCCGUGUCAUUAAAAGGCACCGUGUAAAUAAUUUGAAUGUUUGGAAUAGUUCCUCCUUGCUAAUAAUUAGGCUUCACACAGUAACGUUAAUGUAUAAAACAAAUUAAUUUCGUUAAUAUGGUACCGCUUUACGGGUUCUGUAUUUUAAGGCAAUUCAUAAUAUUUGCAUAACAUCCCAGAUAACAUCUCUGACGGUAACAAUUAGCAUGGAAUUGUGUUACAGCACGGUCCGAGUUGAGAGCCGAACCAAAUAAACAUGGCGGACUCCUCGCGCACAGAAGAGUGUGAAAUAUUUACUGUUAAAGAUAUGGACACUCAAAUAGAAGAACGUGUGAGUAAUGAAAAUGGUGGUGAAUGUAACAAGGAAGAAGACGUGACUAACACUCAAACAGAGGACCCUUUCAAAAAACCUGCUCUCUUUGCCGCGCCUUCGCUCGUGAGUAAACGAGGUCUUGUCGCGAGCAGAGCAGCAAGAAAGCCUACACAUGAAGAAAAUGGCGACAAAGAACUACAACCAUCUACUUCUGAUAGUAGUGAGGCAUCUGCAGAUGAGCAAACCACCCCUGUCACGUCGGAUAAUGACAACACAACGUCACGGAAAGGUGUAGAGAGCGAAAAUUAUUCCGAAAAAGACCAGACUAGUGAUGUCCAACCCCCACCAAGAUUUCCUGUCAAAGGAACACCUAUUGGCAAAUUUAAACCCCACCCUCCUGUUCCAUAUGCCGAACCUCCUUGGGCAGGAGUGGCAGAUGUCCCAUAUUCCCUAGAAAUCCUCAAGAAUGGCACUAUAGUUGAUACAGUCCCACUCACCCAGCAGAGUUAUUUUGUGGUCGGACGUUUACCUGUGUGUGACGUAUCCCUGGAACACCCCUCAAUCUCCAGGUAUCACGCUGUCAUUCAAUACCGUGGGCUGGCAGGAGAGGAGGAGGCAGUUGGAGAGGCAAGAGGGUUCUAUGUCCAUGACCUGGGCAGCACACAUGGUACCUUCGUCAACAAGAACAAGAUACCACCGAAUACCUACAUCAGAGUACGGGUUGGGCACGUACUCAAAUUCGGGGGAAGCACUAGACUUUUCAUCAUGCAGGGUCCAGAGUUUGACGAAGAGGCGGAGUCAGACCUGACUGUCACAGAGCUGCGGGAGCGAGCCAGGAAGCAGCGGGAGGACCUGGAGAGGAGGAUGAUGGGAGAAGGCUCGGAUGAGGAGGAAAAGGAAGAGGGGAAAGAAAGCAGUGGCAUCCAGGGAAAGAGUUUAAACAAUGAUUCGGGCUGUUCCUGGGGAAUAGCUGAUGAAGCAGCCCCCGAAGAGGAUGAGAACGAGGAGAACCCCUUCUCCACAGAGUUCCAGGAGGACCAAGAGGCUGCUUACCUGAAGGACCCUAAGAAAGCACUGCAGGGCUUCUUUGACAGAGAAGGGGAAGAGCUUGAGUUUGAGUAUGAAGACAAAAGCCACGGUACCUGGCUCUGCAGAGUCAAGCUCCCAGUGGAUGACGCUUCGGGGAAGCAGCUGGUCGCUGAGGUGACCCACACAGGGAAGAAGAAAGAUGCGGCCAUCCAGUCUUCCCUGGAGGCGUGUCGAAUCCUGGAGGCCCGGGGCCUGCUCAGGCAGGAGGCAGUUUCCCGCAAGCGCAAGAAGAAGAACUGGGAGGACGAGGAUUUCUAUGACAGUGACGAUGAUAACUUUCUGGACCGCACCGGUGCUGUGGAGAAGAAGAGACAGGAGCGCAUGAAGAAGGCGGGAAAGAUUCAGGAGCGCCCGGACACUUACGAGUCACUGGUGGCCAAACUGUUGGUGGUUGAGAAGGCUCUGGCAGAGACAGAGAAGAAGCUCAGUGCUACAGGGAGAGAUGGCUCUCACUCAUCCUCUGAGGACCCGCUGGAUGCCUUCAUGGUCGCCGUGCGCAGCGAGGCGGCGCUGGACGGAGUGGAGCGCCGUAAGCUGCACGUGCACACCGCCGACCUGCGUAAGGAGGCCCAGAGACUGCGCCGGCUGGUGGAGCUCACGCGGCCAGCCCAGAUGCCUUCACUGCAGACGGGGUCUAUGAGUGGGUCGUCCGACGUAGACAAGCCUAAGAAGCGGUCCCUACCGCUGUUUGGUGCCAUGAAGGGAGGCGCCAAGUUCAAACUCAAGACUGGGACCAUAGGGAAGUUGCCCCCAAAGCGAGCCAAUCUGCCCGCAGAACUCUUCAACAUGAAAGGAGAGGAAGAGGAGGAAGAAGAGGAGGAGGAGGAGGAGGAUGACAACAACAAAGGGAGUGAAGACUUGACUGAGGCUGACAUCCAGGCUGAGGAACCCCAACAGUCCAAUGAAAGCACUGAUUCCACAGAGGGCUGCAGUACAGGAUGCCAGAGGCAGGACCCACCUCUGUCCCAACCCCCCAGAGGGAAAAAGCUGUCCCAGAGAAGUAUAGAUGUAGAGGAGCCUGAGGAAACCUUGGAAGAUGCGCCUCUCGGCCGUUUAAAGCCCUUAUCAGACCCUAAAGAAGGGGGCAAGGAGGCGGCAGCUGCCAAGCCCAGUCCGAGGACGUUCUUGAAAAAAAGAACCACCGGCCCCAACAGACCUCCAGCCGCCCAAUCAGGACAGUACCCUGAGGAUGACCCAGACUAUUGUGUCUGGGUGCCCCCCACAGGUCAGUCUGGGGAUGGCCGCACCCACCUCAAUGAAAAGUAUGGCUACUGAACACACGGCUCAAACUUUUUGACCCUUUUUUUUUCUCGACUCCACCCACCUGCGGACUUAGCAGCAACACACACACACAGGCCUCCAUCCACUCGGUAUCUAUUUGUGUUCUAUGACACCCCUGCGUAAGGGAUAUUGCAUGCAACAUACACUACCAUUCAAACGUUUAGGGUCACUUAGAAAUGUCCUUGUUUUUGAAAGAAAAGCACUUUUUUUUUUGUCCAUUAAAAUAACAUCAAAUUGAUCAAAAA